UCCGCGCCAUUUGCAAUCGAUAGCUUGUGUUGUAUAGCGUGAAAAAAGUUCCAAUUUAAUUUGAAAAACAUGGACGUGAGAGUUGUUGAUCAAAAUUUUCAAUAUUUAAUUCGUGUGGCGACAACUUUAAAGCUCCCGCAUAAUGUGGUUGUAGCAUUAAUGGAUCAUCAGCUUCCCGCGGAAUCAUUCGGCUCCCUUUCCGUGGACGAGUGGAGAUGGGUCCUAGAUGGGUCCACAAUAGACGCCACUUUCGUUCAUCAGGCCAUAUCGACAUGGAAACGGCAAAUGGGGAUCGGCGAAAAACAACAGUGCAUUCCUGCAUUGGAGCAGUCAUACGUACUGAUGCAAGUGCACAAAACACAGCAAGCUGAAGGUAUAAUUCGUACGGUAAAAGGUUGUCGCGAUCAGGAAACCAAACAAGAUGCUCCGGAGGUGAUCGAACCGCGAAAAUUGGCGAGUGUAACAAAACUUACAGAUCAAGCGGAGGGUUCCGGUGGAGCACCGGACAUAAUUCCAACAGAACGCGACCCGGGAGAUGAUCAGCAAUCAUCAAAAUGUUUGAACUUGGCGGAAGCAUAUUUGUUUGAACGAGCUCCAUCAUCCUCGGAGAUUCUUCCAAAGGAAUCCGCUCAGUGCAAAAGGAUUGGACCUGUAGAACAAAGCCUACGACAAACCGGAACCGGACCUGAGCAGCCGCCGGGGGAGUGUUUUCUUCCCGAGAUCGUAUCAUCCUUUGCACUUACACGUACAGUAGUUCACACUCCCAUGUUAACGGAAUCACAGCCUACGUCUAGGAAUGAAACAGAAUUUUCUGUAGGUGUAAUUUCCAAAUUGAGUGAACCUGAUAUAAGCUACAAUCGCCAAAAUAUCAGAACAGAGCCGCCUUACGAGAACUCUUCACGAAGUGCAUCGUUCAAACUGUCUGAAUGCAUGGCAUCCCGCACUACUAGGUGUGAGAAGUCUUCACCAGUACCUGGAAUCUUGGCAGAGAAACCCUCGGAGAAACCCACGUCGUUUAAAAGUGUAAAUUUCGAAACGAGUAAUGCGGUAAGCACCCCGAAUGUUCAGAGUAGUUUGCCUCGUCAGGCAGAACCUACUUUUGAACUGUCCCUGAAAGAGACCAGCUGUGCAGUGAGCCGUAUUACUACUUCCGGAAAAUUUCUGCCUAAACCUCCGUGCCUGCCGAAUGAAAUCGAUCUAUUUGAGGAUGUGUCGCAUGAAAUGAGUGGAUUUAUUCAACAGAAAAAUGGAUCUGUUGAGCAACAAUCAGAAACGAAUGCGACCGCAGCUGAACCUGUGCCACCAACCGGAGCAACUGAGCUGUUCCCUUUUUCAGGAGGUAUAUCCAACUCAUCACGAUGCGCGACAGUAACCCAUAUUUCUACGUCUGAUUUUUCGCCGAAGGAGUCUGAAACUUACGACGGCAUCGAUACAAGUGAACCAAUGAGGAAAUCAAAUCAACAGAAUACCGAUGUCCGACAGGCUAAAGUUGUACCUAAGCUAUUGUCAAAUAAUCCCACAUUUUCCGGUGUUGCGUCGUUGGAAUCGAUUGUCGCUUUAAAGAACAAUAAUGAUAAUAAGGAUAUUGGAACUCAGUCAUCAACAAAAGGAAUAGAUUAUCAGCAUCCAUCAACGUCCAAGAAGCAACAUGGUACAACAAGCAAAGAAAGCUGGUCCACCUCAAAUAAAGUGACAGUACAUUGCAGUGAAAAUUCCCAAGUUGAUCAGGAUAUGAACCAUGUUCGUAAGGAAGUAGUAGUACCAGAAAAGAAUCAAACCACUUCAUUAUCAUCGGGGGUGGAAGACGAGGACAUAGUGGUCGGUGACUUGGAGAAUGUUGCACCAAUCAUCUUUUUUACACCGAAUGAGCUCACGGCACUACUAAAGCAAACAGACAUUGGUAAACGUUUACUCGAAAAUUCAAAUAACAUCUUGUCCACUGAUAGCAAAAAAGAGCUCGCUUCCAUCAUAGCUGCUUAUCACCUCAAUAGUUCGUGGAGCCACCCAGAUUCCAACAAACGAAAGCUUUCGAAGUUUAUGCUGGAGAAUUAUGUCCAUUGCAUAAAACUACGCUUCCCAAAGGAAUCAGCUGACACGAUCGACGAAGAUUUUCAGUGA